AUGGCCAGAUCCCGAAGCAGCAUCUUGGCAUCGGCCGCCUUGGCAGCUGGCCUGUUGGCCUUCCUGUGGAGCAUGGACUUUGGCUUUGUCGCCCCACGCGGUUCCAUCAUCAACCAGGCUCCUUCACAGGCUGUGGUGGCCGGCAGUGCUGCCCUGCUCGCCGCUGCCCCGAUGCCUGCUUAUGCAGGAGGCAUGUUCGACUUUGGCCUGACUCUGCCGUUCGUGGCGGGCUCCUUUCUCCUGCUGAUGGCGGUGCUGAACGCUCUUUUCUAUGCUCCGGUGUCCGAAGAGGUGGAGGAGCGCAAUGCAAAGCUGCUGCAGACCCUCUCGGAGGCCACGGACAUGCUGGCGGAGGCUGACGAGAUGCAGGUGCAGUACACUGCUGAAAUCAAGGAGGCCCGUGAGAAAGCUGCAAAGGAGUUGGCGGACGCACGGGAAAAGACCGAGGCGGCAAUUGAGUCCCAGAUGAAAGCGGCAGCAGAAGCACGCGAAAAGAAAGCCGCAGACGUCAGGGUGAAGCUCAGCACAGAGAUGGAGUCCAAGAUUUCGGCUGCUGAGUCUGAUAUCGUGAAGAGGAAAGACGACUUCGUGAAGGCAACGCUGGCGGGCGUGGGCCUUUGA